CUCCGCCGUGUAACUAUUAUGUGCCAAGAGUCCCGCUUCACACUAGCCCCCCAGCGGGCUCUCCGCAGCUGCCAGCCCGAGGUAUUUACCUUCGAUGUGGAGAGGAAGCCUGUGGCCCCUCGCAGGAUCCCCGCAUCCAGUAGAUCCCGCCGGCCCCGCAGAGUGCUGUACCCUGCCCAGUCCCGACGCUACCUGCCGGUUCCCUCCCCGGACUGGGCCUUACGCUGCCUCUACCUGCUGUGCCUUGUCCUGCUGGUGCAAAUCUUCUGCGAGGAGGCAGUGGAGGACGGGAUUCCGGCGAGCCAGGGGCCAGUGCUCCCCACCAGCCAGAGCCUACUUCUGAUCGAUGCUCCGGGGCCCCUCCAGCUCCCACCUCUGCUGAACAUGACCUGCGCCCCCCUCCAGAUUACCCUCCGGUGGCUCUACCAGCAGCGCUGAGAACAGGGGCCCCAGGAUCUGUUCUCAACUGCCUGAUGCAUACUACAAGGGCCCGUGGCCAGGAACUGCCCCAACAGCCUGAUGCUGCAUACUACAGGGGCCCAUGGCCAGGAUCUGCCCCAACAGCCUGAUGCUGCACACUACUGGGGCCCAUGGCCAGGAUCUGCCCCUGAUGCUGCACACUACUGGGGCCCAUGGCCAGGAUCUGCCCCUGAUGCUGCACACCACAAGGGCCCAUGGCCAGGAUCUGCCUCAACAGCCUGAUGCUGCACACUACAGGGGCCCCCACAGGACUCUGCUGCUUCAU